UCUCCGCGAGAAAAUCUCCACACAAAACACCACCCGACAGGCCUUACCGCCUCAGGCCAUCCCACCUUAACCUGCCUGAACGUUCCCUGAUCCAUAUGAUACUUCCCCUGCUGUGACUUUCUCAACCGUUCUACAUAGGCCUUGAUUAGACCCGCAUAUACCCAGUUUUCUCUCCGCGCCGAGGUCUCUUCCAUUAACCAAAGACACGAAUGCCUGGACUUUUUGAGCUUAGAUCUGGAGGGACCUUGUGUCUUCUCCUCGCCAUAUGUGCAGGGACCAAUGGGAGCUUCAUGCCAGCGACUUAUCGAGCCCCAGCCCAUGCAGUAGUCGAUUGGAGUGCCGAGAGGGCAAUUUCCACCCCAGAACAGCAGGCAGUUCAUUCAGCCGUGCAGAAUGUUGAUCAAACUCGAACAAGGGUCGACUGGGGCUUGCCUAGUGAUGGAGAAACAGGCUCACCAAACCACGAGAGCAAACUUAGGGCUGGGGCUCAACCCUACAAACCUCCCGCAAAGCCCGCUCCAGUUCCUGCGCACCCCCCUAAUCACUUUGGCUACUUCCAAUUUAGGGGUAAUCCCAAUUGGAAUGUUCAUCAUGCUAGAGAAGCUCCGGUCCCUCAUUACCCAGUACCCUAUCAACAUCCUAUAUAUCAACGUCCAGUCCAUCCGCAAACUGUUCAACAACAACCUGUCCAUCAACAGCUUGUCCAUCAACCACUGGCCCAUCAACAUCCUGCCCAUCCAUACGGGCACCCGAUUCCUCCGGCCUUUUUCUAUCCUCCAAGAUAUGAAACCCACGGAUUUGCUGUCCCUACGGGAGAUCAAUACUGCAAAAGAGAAUAUACAUUCAACAGAGGUUAAAAAUAACGGGAAAGCCAGGAAAUAUGUUGAAAUCGGUGAUGAUGAGAAACACCCUCAUUAUAAACUUCUCCCCGAUGAUCUACACCCUGAAUAUGUCGACCAUCUUUCUCUCCCAGCUGAUCUUCUAGAGGGGAUAUAUGAUGAUAUACACAAAACAGAUAAGGUACAAAACAACGAAAUCUUGAAAGAAUCACCAAAAAAUCCUGUCAAUAAUGUUGAGAACAUCCUUGAAUCAAACCAAAAAAACCCUGAAGCCAUGGAAGGGAAUGCAAUUCAUUCAGAAAUUCAAUCCAAAAGUGAUCUUGAUGACCAUGAACAAAAAUCUCACAUACCUGAAAUAACUAGCCCCAGUAAGCAGAAAGAUAUGAGUGUAGAAGAAAAGCAAGACCAAAGCAAAGGAUUCUUGGCCCAUAAUGGAAAGCUAUACAUUCACAAUAUGGCCGGUGGUGGUGUUCACAUGGAUUAA